GAACAAGGGAUAAAAACAGAGAUAAAAGGGACACAGAGAUGUAGUCGUAAAGGAGACGAGAAAAGUAAAGGAGCUUCUGUUACUUUAUCCAAGAGGAGUUCUAGGUAGGUCAGUAGACACAUGCAACUUGUAUGCAACAUGAUGCUGAAACAGAUAUACACCCAACCAGAUGAGAUGCGUCGGCUGUUGACUCACUUUUCAGAUGAAAAGAACCACUAGAGCUCAUUCAUUGACAGACCUCCUAUACUGAGAGCAGUGGUGCUGUCUGGUAAAGUAUCUAGAGUUCAUUACCCAACUGAUGGAAGCAACUGAUUUCAUUUGUCCCAGGAACUAACGGAACAAAAGAAUUAAUUGCGAAAAUUCAGUGUUGGACUAGCAGGUGUCAAGUCUGAAAUUUCUCCAAACCAGCUUAUUCUCUCUUGGUGUUUUCCAACUUUCAUGAGUGGCAAAAACUAAAAAAAAAAAAAAAACAUAUAUCUAAAAAGAUCAUAUAUGUUCAACAUCCACUAUGCAGUGAACAUUACUUAGUUCCACACUAUUCGUUUGAAUAAUUAUUACAUUUAGGCAAUUUUAUUUACAGCCCUGUGCUUAUUACAAAUUAUACUCUUUCUAAUGUAAUUAUUUCCAUCUUUCAUGUAGUGAUUUGGUCUGUAUCCCUUGCAUAAGGCCUUUUAACUACUGCUUUUCUACACCUGACUAAAUCCUAAGCUCCUGAUAUUGACUCAUCCCCAUCUGAAAUAGCAUCAUACUUUCUAGUCACUAUACACUGGCCACAAGAACCAGUUUUAGGAAAAUGAAGAGGUAGCAAGCAGGCAAAGUAAAUCUAUAGAAUGUAUCUGCAUGUGACGUUUGCAGAAAUAUUGUCUUAGAAAACAUGUGUUAGACAUAUGUUACAUGUGUGUUAACAUCUGGCUAGGGAACAUAUGUUAGGAAUCCACUGGGGGCUGUUACAUCCCAUCUACAACACACAAGAAUCUCUAUAGCUCCUGCACUACGCUCACAGAUCAGGCUGCUAGUGAAGAAGAAAAAUAUGAAAAUGUAGAAAAUAGGAAGGAGAUGUGCCACUAAAUGCAUGACAGACUUUGAACAGUACCAAUACAAUCUAGACAUCAUCUCUAUAAUAAUAAUAAAACAAAAAUGUUGUAAAGCCCAAAUAAAGAUGGGAACCAGACUCUUCUCAACAAUAUGGAAGACGUAAACAAAUGUAUUCAUGCCAUGAAAAUAUAUUCAAACUCAUUAGACAGGCCAUUGAUAUUCUAUAAGACUAAGUUUUGAUUUUUUUUUCUGUUGAGACCAGUUUUCUGCACCUGCCUUCAACAUUGCUCAGUCAUUGUAUCAGUAAACUCUGGGAACUGUGAGCCAAGAUGCAAUGUUUGGAGAUACCGUUUUUGACUCUGUUCCUCUUAUCUUGUUGGGCAAGACCCUAUAAAGAUGAUUAUGUUCUUCAGCACAAACAAGAAUUAGUACUAAAUGCUGAGCAUCUAAAGUUACUUUCAACAAAAGAGCCAUGUAGGCUCAGUCCAAAUAAAAGAACUGUAGUGAGCUUCCACCAUCCACCUCAAGAAGUCUACACAUCACAAGAGCAACGGUACAUAGAAGACUUGGAAUGCAUGAAACAUGGAUCACAUGGUUGCAGUGUAGAAAAACAAAAGAAAGAAAGAUCCAGAGAUAUUAAAAGGGAUACAAGAGUUAAAUCACAGAACAAAAACGACUGGAAUACAACAUAUAAUUACAAACAUCUUAAACACGUCUCAAAAAUAUUCAACAAAAAUUCUCUCAGAAGGAGCCCUAGAGCAGUAAAAGAACAUAAUGAUGCACAAAAGGAAAAUAGAAGAUACCCCAGAGAAUCUGAGUUAAUCAACUCACAGAGAUUGUUUUCAAAUUUCUCAGUACCUUUUGUACUGCAUCAGAAGAAUCCAAUUGACAGGGCCCUUUACUUUCAUGGUGCACACAGUCAGCUGGCCCUAAAUCCAGAAGCUGAGCAGAAAAUACCUCAAGAAACUUUCACUGUAGAACUGUGGGUGAGACCAGAGGGAGGUCAAAGCGAUCCAGCAGUCAUAACAAGCAUGUUUGAUAAUUGCUCUCAUGUGGGGAGUGACCGUGGUUGGUCUAUUGGUAUACGUCCUGCUGUGUUCGGGUCAAAAAAAGAUGCACGUUUCUACUUCUCACUUCGAACUGAUCGUUCCCCAACUGCUACUACCUUGCUGUCUCCACAAAGCUACAAUGCUGGAACUUGGACUCAUCUUGCUGCUAGCUAUGAUGGGCAACAAAUGUUACUCUAUGUGGAUGGAGUACAAGUUGCAAGAGCAAAAGAUCAACAGGGUCCCCUUCAUAGUGCUUAUAUAUCCUUAUGCAGAUCCCUCUUGGUUGGUGGAGACAACUCAGAGACUGGUAACCACUAUCGAGGCCAUCUCUUCUCCCUCUAUCUGUGGAAUGAGGUUAGGACUCAGAAACAGCUGAGAUUUGAAUCCAUGAGAAGAAUGUAUCAGACCUCAUUUGGAGUACAGAGCUUCUCAUUAUUGUCCAGGAAUAUAUGGAAUAUAUACAGAGAUGGGGUAUAUCCAGAAGUUGUGCCGGGGCUUGUGCCAGUGAAGGGCAUAAUCUCAUCCAUCUCAGUCCCUCCUUGUGGGAAAACGUUAUGUGAUUUGCCAGAUGUGUCUGCUGGAUAUAGCAGGCCUGAGUUAAAAUGGGAAAAGGAGAUCCAUUACCGGGUGGUCAAUCUGUGUGAAAAUGAUGGUUCCAGGCCUUUAAUUAAUGCUGAAAAAAUACAGAGACAACAUGAGGCUUUAUCAGAUGCUUAUAGCCCACACGGCAUUCACUGGCAGCUAAACGUAGUGGAGAUCCAUAACUCUAGCCUACGGAAUCGAGUUGUGCUUCCUGGUUGUGAGCCAAGGAAAGUUGGCAAUGAUCAAUGUGAUCCUGAAUGUAAGCAUCUACUUACUGGCUAUGAUGGUGGUGAUUGUAGGUUCUUCAGACCUUGCAGUUCCAGAAAAAAAGGUGAUGGAAUAUGUCACCUUGAAUGCAACACCGCAAGAGAUGAUUAUGAUGAUGGGGACUGUUGUUUAACCAAAGGACCUGGCAAUACUAGCAAAACUUGCUUUGAUCCUGAUGCACAGGGGAGGGCUUACAUGAGUGUGAAAGAACUGAGGGAUGCCUUGCAGUUGAACAACACCUUGUUCCUGAACAUUUUUUUUGCUGGUUCUGCAGGGGAUGAGUUAGCUGGAGCAGCGACCUGGCCAUGGGACAAGGAGGCCCUUAGUGUGCAAGGGGGAUUAUUGGUGAAUCCGUCUUAUUAUGGAGUUCCAGGCCAUACAAACACGUUGAUUCAUGAAGUGGGCCAUGCCCUUGGACUUUACCAUGUUUUUAAAGGUGUGAGUGAGCGAGAAUCUUGCGAUGACCCUUGCAGUGAGACUGAACCUUCUAUGGAGACGGGGGAUCUAUGUGCUGACACUGCGCCUACCCCAAAGAAUAAACUUUGUCGAGAUCCAGAUCCAGCAAAUGACACAUGUGGGCCACUGUUUUACACUGGAACUCCAUACAACAACUACAUGAGCUACUCAGAUGAUGACUGUGCCAACAGCUUUACCCCAAACCAAGUUGCCCGCAUGCAUUGUUACCUCGAUCUCAAAUAUCAAGGAUGGACCCGGACUCACAAACCUUUACCUAUUCCUUUGGCACCAAUAGUUGUUAAACAGAGCAUGGAUUCUCUCACUAUUCACUGGCCACCUCCUAUCAGUGGAGAACUCUAUGAAAGAGAGUUAGGAUCUAUGUGUGAGUUGUGUACUGCUGAUGGGUCUUUCCAACAAUAUGCUUACCAAGCUUCCUCUCCUCGUGUAUGUGACAAGUCUGGUUAUUGGACCCCAGAAGAAGCUGUUGGUCCUCCAGAUGUAGACCGGCCUUGCCAGCCAAGCUUACAUGCAUGGAGUCCUGAGCUUCACAUCUUCAAUACUAAUAUGUCGGUCCCUUGUAAUCUGCCACUGGGGUGUAUUCUGGAGCUCAAUUUCCUAAAAGCUGUCCAACCCCAGGCCCUCACCAUUUGGAUAACUUAUCUAUCCACUCAUUUGCCCACCACUCUGUCCGAUGUUGAGUUAGUGACAGAACAUAAUGAAUCAUUGCACCUGGGAAGUAUGGAAGCCUUCUGUGAUACCCCCCUGACCAUCAGGCUGACCACAGACCAGAAAGUGUCUACAGUCCGUAUUUACACAUUUGAUGAAAGAAUGGAGAUAGAUGCAGUUCUUCUGGUAUCUGUACCUCUUAAUCCUAUUUGCUCAGCCUGCAGACCUGUAAAGUACAGAGUAAUUCGAAAUCCUCCUUUUCCGAGAGAUCAACAGCUGACAAGAACCCAGAGAGAGCGCUUUUAUACAGACACGGAAGUGACCCCAGGCCAGAAAUUCCAAUACCAGGUGCAGGUUGUUGCUGGGUCAGUGGCUGGAGAGCCUUCACCACCACUAUUUCACACGCAUUGUUCUCCUUUCUGUGGGGAUGGAGAAGUUAAUGAGGAGCUGGGAGAGGAGUGUGAUGAUGGUGCGCUGCAAAAUGGAGAUGGCUGUUCUCGAAAGUGCCAACUGGAGCCAAAUUAUAUGUGCACAGGAAAACCUAGCCUCUGCUACAUUCUCAGUGCAGACAGUGUUGGUGACUUUCCUGACAAUAGCAUUGGCGUGUCCAAUUGUGCUGGGCAAACAACACAGGAAUAUGUUGAUCAGUGGGCUUCUCAAGCUGUGGCUUCUCAUGAAGACGCCUGUAAGUGCCCAGUUUCUGCACUCAUCGGAGAGCCAGUGCACAAGAGCUGUCAGCCUCUCAAUGGGUUAUCUGGAUCUCAAACGGCUGGAUGGUUCCCUUGUAAUGUGCUUCCAGAGCAAAAUGUAUGGUUAAAGGUGAGUUUUGAUAAGCCCAGUCUGGCACAUUCAUUCCACAUUUACCUUUCCACGGAUGGCAGCCUUCCCAGCAGCACCUCGAAGGCCAUUGUCACUGCUUAUCUGACUGAUGUGACGGGACAGAGCCAUAUACUAGGAUCUCAGGAGCUUUCAUGCCAGAAGAAUCCUGUGGUUUUAAGUGCUUUACAUGGCCCGAAUAGCCCAAUGUACAGAACAAUGUCACUUACAUUGUACUUCUCUUCUUCGAUCAUUGGAGUACUUGGAGUGGCCUUGAGAUCUCCAGCUAGUAUGAGCCAUCCAGGCAAUAAAGGAAAUCAACCACCCUCUGGACAGGGUUGCAGGUCAUGCUCCCCACUGCAUGUGGCACAUGGUUCUACCCAUUGUUCCGUAGAUAUGGAUGGAGAAAUUCAGUGCUCUGUGACAUGUGACGAGGGCCAUGUUCUUCACUCAGUCAGUAAGACAGGACAUAAUGUCUUACAGGAUGCAGUGCUUAAAUGCUCUUUUGGAAAAUGGAAUUUGAUGGUAACUUGUGAACGUCUGGAUUGUGGAGUUCCCCCUUCAUCACUUGUAUUUCAUGCAAGUUUUUCUUGCCCUGAAGGUACAGGCUUGGGGAAACAAUGCUUUUUUACCUGCCUGCCUCCUGCAAAAUUCCAAGGAAUGAAUCGGUGGGUGACCUGUAUGUGGGAUGGUCUUUGGUCUCUCCCUGAGGGCUGCUGCAAGAUUGAAUGCGAUGCUCCAACACCCAUUCCCCAUGCAAAGCUGAUCACAACUCGCUGCCAACUGGGUAACCAUGAUGUGGGAUCAACAUGCAGAUACAGGUGUAAGCCAGGCUACCAUGUAGCAGAAGCACCUGAGCAACGACCUAGGAGGAAGUUCCUGAAAAUACACUGUCUUCAGACCGCUCUGUGGGAUGUUGGCCGAUGCAUUCCUAUCCUGUGUGAACCCUUGCCCAUCAUUCUCUGGGGAAUGUACAACUGUACCCGUGGACUAGAGGUGGACAGCAAAUGUACCUUGUACUGCGGAUCUUACACGGUGACUACUGUGUGUAGUAAAGAUGGGACCUGGACAGAAAAACUGAGCCUUUGUAAGGGACUUACGGGGACGUGCCCUCCACCACCAGAAAUCAAUGACAUCCACUACACAUGUGAGAACGGAACCAUGAUUGGAGAUAACUGCAAAGCUUCUUGUGUCUAUCCAUCCAAUGACCCGGUGAUCCUGCCAGGCAACAUGACAGCUGAUUCUGUAGAGCACUGGAUGAACCCUACUAAGGUGCAGAGUAUUAUGUGUACAGGAACACUGAAAUGGUACCCAGAUCCUGCCAUAUUGCACUGCAUCCCGUCUUGUGAGCCCUUUCAAGCAGAUGACUGGUGUGACACAAUUAAUAACCGCGCGUAUUGUCAGUAUGACGGAGGAGACUGCUGUGCUUCUACCCUGUCCUCAAACAAGGGUCAGGUGGUUCCUUUUGGGGCAGAAUGCGAAGAAGAUGAAUGUACCUGUCGUGACCCAAAGGCAGAAGAAAACAGAUAUCAAGGAAUGGAUUGGCCUGGACCUUCACCACUGGACCUUGGGGACCUACACAAUCCACCAACUACUUGAGGAACUUCUGUAGGACAUAUCAUGGUCAACAGUUGUGUCAGCAUCAUCAUAAUCAUUUGGGACCAGUCGUGGCCUUUGGUUAUAGAAUAUCUUAAACAGAUAUGUCAAUAUAUAAUAUCAAUGAUCUGGAUGAAAAUUUGAUGUGGAAGUAUAGAACAUUUGUACAAAAUUACAUCCACAUCUAGGAAUCGUAUCAUCCUGACCUCCCAUUGAUGUCUACCAAAUUUGGACUGAAAUUCCAGAGAGCCUCUGUUCACUGUAUGACAUUCCAUGAUCUGCCUAUGUUAUAUAAACUAAAGCAUAGUAAUCAAAGGCAGAUAUCAUUCUUUAUGUCUCUGAGUGUUUGUCCCAUCAUUUGCAUGACUACAGUAUGUUGUGUAUAAUGGAUUUAUAUAUUGGAUUAGCAACAUGUCAGUAUCUCUGCUGUCCAAGGUAUUUUAUAAGAUUAUAAUAUAUGAAUAAAUAUCAGGGUAUCACUGUAA